UGCAUUUCCCAACUGGGGGCACACAUUAACCUCAGCCUCAUUUCUCUUUUAUUUCCGCUCUCCUCCAUUCUCUGUUUGCUACUUUGCAAGUCUCGAACAAAACCUGAAGCAACUCGAAGCGAAGCCGCGAUACUGCGAGAAGCGGAAGCGGGGAGGGCGAGGAGGAGCAGCAAUGGAGGCGCUGCUGGAGCUCGAGAAGAUGCAGAGGGUGCUGUCCCUCAUGAGUUCACGCGGCCUCUCCCACACCGACUCCAGCUGCGGCGGCGCUGCCGCUGACCGCUUCCUCGCCCAAUUCCUCCUCUUCAUGGUGCAACCGUUUGAUUCUCUUACCCUGGAGAAUAAGUUCCUUUUGAUCUCUGAGCUAUUAAGAAAGGCUACUCCUAAUACUUUGGAAGAAGUGCAGCAUCUCACCCAUCUGGAAGCUAAUAAAGAUAUAUGUUCUGGAGGUUCACUCCAGCCAAUUAAGAAGUUUAAGAUGCAUGCCGAGAAAUCAACCGUUCAAGCUAUGCCGAUGGUUGGUUUUGAUGCGAUGGCAAGAGCUAAGUCUACGCUUGAAGAUUUUUGUAGGUCGUACUUUAUGUUUCAUGGUUUGGAUGUUAACAAGCCACAAGCCAUUUUCAAGUAUCUACCUGUUCUUUCUUUCACAGAGAGUUACAUAUAUCAGUUAGAUGCUUCAAAUGAAGACUGUUUACAUGUAGUCCCAGAUGACAACACUUCAAAAGUGUUGGGAAAGAAAGAAGAAUCUCUCAAUGAGACAUCCUUGUCUCAAAUGAUUGAACCCCUUGAAGGGCUUCUUCAGUGCCAAGGAUUAAUGACAGACCGAUUGCGAACUGAACUCAAAUCAGGCAUUCAGUAUUGGUCUCUAGAGAGGAAGCUCUGCCAAGCAUUACUAAGAAAUGAGAAGAUCUCGAUUGAAGAUGUUAUGAUGGCAAUCCAUCUGAAAUCAUUUGACUAUCGAGUUCUUAACCUGUUGAUGUUUCAACUUACUGGUCAGCAUGUCAAUGAAUUGCAUAUGGACUUCUUGUCAGUUUCAGAAUUUUUGGUUGAGAUAUCUGAUGACCUGUAUGAUUAUGAGGAUGACGUUAUGAACAAUACGUUCAAUAUCCUUCGCAUGUUUGCUGCAAUAUAUGGACCAUUAGAGGCACCGAAUAUGCUGGCCAAGUGCAUAGGCGAGGCUGAAGAGAAAUACGAGAGCUUCUCCAAGAAACUGGAUCCUAGUCUCUCAGGUAGUUACUGGAGAAGAUGUGAGGAAGCGACGAAGGAAGGCGGAAAAACAUCAGGCCAUGCAUAUGGAACAUGGAAUAUCCCUCGUGUGAUAAGCAACGAAGAUGCUUUCCGACGUGAAAGACGGAGCAAACACGAUGCUUGUGCUGUGAUCACUUGAUAGGCAAAUUUCAUGUUCCAGACUUCCAGGCAUCUUCAAAAUUGAAUGAAGCUAGGUACACUGCUAGACAGUGUCUUACUUACCUGUAUGCACGUUUCCAUUCUUGCCAGGUGAAAUGCAGAAAUGACCUGCAACCGUUGAUGUAAGGUGCUAGGGGUCUGCUCAGUGGGAACUCCUUGAGGAUAUAGUGGUCCUUGGCCUACCUUGGGCCCCUUUGAUGCUCACAAAUGUACCCAUUUUCAAGUCAAAUUUUCACAAAUGCAGAAAUGACAUGCUGAAUUUAGUUUCUGUAAGGCUGUCUCCAUCGGAUACCCCAUCUCAUCUCUUUUCAAACUUAUCUGUAAAUAAUGUCAAACAGUAUAGUUUUUUACUGAGUCCAAGAAGGGAACAA